AUGGCUUCCUUCCUUCGCUUUGGUAGCUUCUUGCUACUUUCAUGGGUCCUCACAGUCGUCGGAAACCCAGCAGCCGCCGCUGGAGUGUUCCGACCGAAACCGUGGUCUCUUGCUCACGCCACCUUUUACGGCGACGAGACAGCUUCUGCCACAAUGGGAGGAGCGUGUGGGUAUGGGAACUUGUUCAUGAAUGGAUAUGGAGCAGACACAGUGGCGCUGAGCUCCACCCUCUUCAACAAUGGCUUCGCUUGUGGAACAUGUUAUCAAAUAAAAUGCUACCAAUCAAGCACCUGCCACAGAGACGUCAUAUUCACCACCGUGACGGCGACCAACCUCUGCCCACCAAACUGGGCGGAACCCUCCGACAACGGGGGGUGGUGCAACCCGCCACGCAUACAUUUCGACAUGUCAAAGCCAGCAUUCAUGAAAAUAGCUGACUGGAGAGCCGGGAUCGUGCCGGUGUUGUACCGGCGAGUGCCGUGCCGGAGGAACGGAGGGCUGAGAUUCGCCUUCCAAGGGAAUGGCUAUUGGCUGCUUGUGUAUGUGAUGAAUGUAGGAGGAGGAGGAGACAUAGGAAGCAUGUGGGUGAAAGGAAGCAAUACAGGAUGGACCAGUAUGAGCCAUAACUGGGGGGCUUCGUAUCAGGCAUUUGCGACGUUAGGUGGACAAGCUUUGUCGUUUAAGAUAACAUCGUACACUACGAGACAGACUGUUAUAGCUUGGAAUGUUGCUCCUUCUAGUUGGUGUGUCGGCCUUACUUAUUCCUCCAACAUUAACUUUCGCUGA